AUGAGUUGGAGUAACCUCAUCCAGAGAAUAAUUUUCCUCUCUCUUAGUGGACUUGGAAGUAUUGGAAACAUCCUUAUAUUCAUAAAACAUAUACAUGUUUUUGUUAUGAUUACUGAGAAAAGACCCAUAGACUCUAUCCUCAUCCACUUGGCCUUUUCAAACACAAUCAUUAUAUGUAGCACAGGGAUCAGAGGUACAACCACAAUUUUUUAUUUUAGAAACUUCCUAGGUAGUGUUGGAUGUAAAAUUGUGAUUUAUUUUGAAAGGGUGGCUCGUGGUCUUUCCAUCUGUACCACCUGUCUCCUCAGUGUGGUCCAGGUGGUCACUAUCAGUCCCAGGACCAUCCUGUGGAGAAAGUUCAAACCACAGACUACAGGGCAAGUUCUUCUAUGUCUCCUCCUAUUUUGGAUCUUUAAUUUCCUAAUAAGUUCUAACUUGCUCCACUACAUCACAGCAGUCAGAAGCAUGAAUCAAUCUGGGAUUAGAAUAUAUAUUGGCCAUUGUUAUAUGCUACCAUCUAGGCAAAUAGUUAGAUGGAUUUUCCUCUCUUUCAUGGCUGUUCGGGAUCUCAUCUUCCAGAGUCUCAUGGGCUGGAGCAGUGGGUACAUGGCUAUCCGUCUGUACAAACAUCACAAGCGUGUUCUCUACCUGUAUAGCUCUAGGUUUGCAAACAAUUCCAGCCCUGAAAUCAGAGCUACUCAAAGAAUUCUCAUUCUCAUGAUCUGCUUCCUUUACUUUUACUGGGCUGACUUCAUUUUCUCCUUCUACAUGGGAUCUAUCUUGCCAGAUGGUUCCACAACAUUAAAUAUUAAAAUAUUUUUAGUACUUGGUUAUGCAGGUGUCAGCCCCUUUGUCCUGAUGAGCAGGGCUGUCCAUGUUGCUAAAUACAGGAAUGCACACUGA